AAAACAUUCUGGACACAACCUAUCCGCCCCACGGCUUUUUUGGUCGUGCAUAAUCUCAGCAGCUUUGAUGCAAGACAAGCAACACUCUGGACCAGUUUCCGCACACGAGUGUCUCGUCAGCAGAGACCUCCGAUUAGCACGCUUGGCUAUGAAAGAAGUGAAACAUACAAUCACACAGCAGAUUUUUUUUUCAGGCUGGGCCGGUCUCCACAUACAGCGUCUCAUCAGCAGCACUCAGGAUCGCGUUUAAAUCAAUGCUGGUGAACUGCCAGACGUUAUCGGCAAGGGCUCUCUCUUUAAGAUAUCGAUCCCUGUAUGAACGCUAAACUCUCUGGGAACAUAACGGAGAAUGUUUCAGGCGGGGCAGUGCUCGGCACGAGCGAGAGGGCGAGUGCGUGACGUCACGCCAGCACCACGGACAGCGACCGCCGCCGCGGCUCGCACAGAGCGAGACGCGGCGAACCGAGGACACGCUUGCUGGCUACCUUCACAGCAUCAUCAUCAACAGCAUCAUCGUCAACAUCAUCAUCAGUAGCAACAUCAGCAUCAUCGGCAUGACCAGUGGGAGAUCGCUAGCUCAUAUGAUGAGUGAGUGAAGAUGUAAUUAACCCUUCGACUCCACUCCGCUGUAGGGGUUAUUUUAUUAGUUAAGUUUAAAAAAGGAUUCCCUUAUACUGGCUUGAAUUUAAAUAUCGAGGAAGAACAAAUCCUACUAAUAAUGAACAAUAUAAACUAGUGGACCCUGUGUUCUUGUCACAGCUCUGGGCCCACGAUGCCACAAUAGUCAUCGCGUGCAUGGCGGUUACCUACCGAGUUUUCCUGCAGGGCAGGAGGGGCAAUGCAUUUGCAAAUUAAACCCCACCUUGUAGUUACGUUCACCUCUGUCUUGUGAUAUCUACUGCACGGCAGCGCGAGUGAGUGUGUGUAGCCAGCGGAGUUCUCGGCUGGGCUAGGGCACAACGGCGGACGAGGAGCAGCUAAUCCAAAUCGCUUAUCUCCUGCGAGCUCGACGCUAGAGUUAAAUUUGUCCCUGUGAUUUGUUUUUCUUACAACCCUAUAUAUAUCAUCUGUCUUGGCUACGUACAAUUUGCACAAAUGCAAUCAAUGUUACGUAACACAACGGUAUUAGUUGAACAAUAAUACGCAAUAACAAUUACAUUAUUAGAAUUAUUAUUACUUGGCGCUCCAAUCAUGUACAUAUAUUCACAGCCAUACGUAUAUAAAUGUAAUCGGCCGCUUAGAGCAGGGGACAUUAAUUUAGCAACCUCUAUCGCACGCUCCGUCGCACUGAGCAGCCGCCGUGCUGGACAUCUGUGAAAAAGAGCUUCACAGCUCAUCGGAUUUCUCCUCCAGUCUAAAUCAAUAUUUUGAUUCUGGGUCUAGGGGUCAAUUCAGCCUCGAGUCAUCAUAGUAUCCACCACAGAUUCAUCUCCUAGUUCGUCCCCUACCCACUCCUCUCUCUCCCUCUUAAAGUCGCAGGCUCUCGCCCAGCUUUAGCCCACCCUGAGUCAGGGCUCUUCUCCCCGUCUGUCCAUCGGCCGAGUCACGGGAAGGCUUGGCAAUGCUGGAGUCGCGCACCCGGCGGGGUGUCCGUGCGUUGUGGCUCGUGGCGAUUUGCGUGAGCGUGGGGCUCACAACAACAACAUCAACAUCAUCAGCUGCCUCCGUCCCGUGCCAUCCAGGAUGUAAUAUCUUAGGCGGCUACUGUGGACCCAGCGGAGGCUGCAGGUGCCGGCCAGGCUGGACGGGAGCGCUGUGCGACACACGGAGGCCACGGCCUCUGAGUUCGAGUCCCACUCCAGGUGCCCACCGCUGUAACACGGACACCACCACCACGACCACCACCACCACCACCACUACUACGACCACCAGCACGGGGGAUCAACCUCUCUGCCCCGGACACGGCUCUCCGUGUGUCGUGGGGGGCCCCGGAGUGUCGGGGUGUCCUCCCCGCGAAGAUCCCUGUUCCACGCCCGGUUCCCCGCGCGAGGUCACGACUUCCACGCGUGGCUGCCAGCAACCACGCGUCUCUCCGCUGACAACAUUCACAUCUCAAACACCCAGCCACCAACCACCACAAAAACAACAGCAACAACCACCGCCAAAACAACAACAACAACCACAACAACAGCACCAACUGUUACUGCUACAACAGCAGCAGCGACACCAGCAGCAGCAGUCACAACCGCAUCCUCAUCCGCAACACUCACAACAGCACCAGCGCCAACAGAACGAACGGCAACGCCAACAUCCGAGAGUCGAACAUCGAGCAGCCCAGCAGCAUCUCACGCCACCGCUGCCGCUCAUAUCUCUCGGACCUCCGACCGCGCUCCUCCGCCGCCGCGAGGUGACGAUGGCUCAACGCCGAUCCACCGCCCGCGUUCCCGCCGGCGCUGAGUUCGACUCCGGCUCCGGCUCAAUGUCGGAUUGGCAGCGCCGCUGGGCGUGUGUGGGAGCCCUCGCGUCGUUCACAUCGCUCGUGCUGCUCGGCAGCAUCGCCCUGGUGUUCAAGCCGCGAUGGGAGACGUGGGCGGCCAACGUUCGCCACCGCCGCCUCAUCGAGAGGCACAGGGGCCGGGCCGCUAGGGACGGCUCCACGUGGCACAUCGAGGAGGAGGAGGCGGCGGCGACACCGAGAGGAGGCAAGCGUGCGGACGAAGGGGAGAGCGCUCGGCUUCUGGGGUCGUGCGCGUGACCGUCUAUGGAGAGAGAGGGACGAGGUUGGGGGUUGUUUCUGCGUGGUGUGUCGGCGUGCGUGCGUGCGUGCGCGUGCCGGGGAGCGGUGGCGCAGUGGUUAGCGCACUGUGCUAUGAACUCGGUGGACCCGAGUUCGAUUCAGGGCCAACGCCAGUGACGAUUAUCUGAAACGCUCCUG